AUGGAGGACGAAGAGGAUUUAGUAGGGUGCAUUACUUGCAUGAGCACAAAUGAUUUAUGCGACCUAUUUGUUACUUACGCGAACAAUGAAGAAACUUACGCGCAAAUGCUUAAAACCUGUUUCGGUAUCAAGGUUACGAAUGACUACAAAUAUAUAUGCACUAAUUGCGUAGAGAAAUUGGAGAAGAGUCUCACGUUCAAAACUCAGACUGUGAAGAGUAUGGAUAUGAUUCAAGUUAUAAAAGAUGAAGAGUAUCUAGAUGAGACUAUGCUGGAAGAAGACGAAAAACCGUCGAAGUCGAACCAUCGAAAAAUAGUUAUUGCUAAGAGCUCAGAUAACUUUAUCUUUGAAGAGGACGAUGAUGAGCUAGACGACAAACAUGAAAUAGAAGCCCUAGACGAAACUUCAUGCAUAUACUGCGAUCUCCAACUGCCGACUGUUGAGGAGGUGCAUCAUCAUGUACGUCUGGUGCACGGCUUGGAGCCCCGGACCGGCCGGAGGGUCCGAGAGUGCAAGUUAUGUGGGGCUUCACUGGGUAACUUGGAAGAUCACCUGAACAGAUGCCACAAUACAAUUUCCGAGAAAGAAAACCGAGAAUACGCAUGCCACUUCUGCGAGAACGUUUACAAUAGCAAGAAGGCUUGCUUCACGCAUCUGAGGAUGAAGCAUGGACUGAAACUCUGCAAUGACCACGUGCCAAAGUAUUCUUCGCGUGACCGCAAGAAGUGUCACAUUUGUAGUCGUGACUUCAGCCAGAAACAGAUACUUAAUAAUCAUUUAUGGAAGGCGCACGGGUUGGAGGUGGAAAAACGUAAAGCGUUCUUCUGCCCGCUGUGUUCUGAACGCGUGAGCUAUGGAGUCAACUUCAGCGCGCACUUGCUCCACCGUCACCACGUAACUGAGCAAGUAGAGCAACUGGAGUUUCGAACUAUGGAUGACUUCAUGAUGUACAAAAGUGAAAUCCAAGAGGAGACGAAGUACAGGUUCCGCAAGACCACCGCCAGCAAGCAGACGAUAGAGGGCAUCCGCUCCCACUACAUGUGUAGCCAGUCAGGGAUAUAUGUGUACCAGGGCAAAGGCAAACGUCUCGCACCCGAGCGCCAAAUAUAUAAGACGGGUAAAGCUUGCCCCGCGCACAUGAUCGUCACUGAGACGAUGGAUAAAGUGCUCGUCACUUUCUACAUGACUCACGUCGGACAUGGCACGUGUCCAUACUACGAGCCGCGGUUGCCGAAACGUAAACAGCCAUCGGCAUCUACGUCCGCAUCAGCGACUGAGUCCUCACAGAGUGUGACAGAGACGCUGCUAGUGUGCGACACGUGCGGGCAGACGUUACCUGCGGAGAGGCUGCAGGCACACGUCGCUGCGCACGGCAGAGAACUUUAUCAGUGCGAGUACUGUGCUCAGUUGUUCCAAAACCUUGAAGAGUGGUCACACCAUCUACGCGUCAUACACGAUGUUGGAACUUUGUAUUAG